AUGACUGAACACACUCUUCCUCCUCUGCCUUACGAGUACAACGCUCUUGAGCCGUUCAUUUCGGCUGAUAUCAUGAUGGUGCACCACGGUAAGCACCAUCAGACGUAUGUGAACAACCUGAACGCGUCCACGAAGGCCUACAACGACGCAGUCCAGGCUCAGGACGUGCUCAAGCAGAUGGAGCUGCUGACCGCUGUCAAGUUCAAUGGUGGUGGUCACGUUAACCACGCUCUGUUUUGGAAGACCAUGGCUCCUCAGAGCCAGGGUGGUGGCCAGCUUAACGACGGCCCCCUCAAGCAGGCCAUUGACAAGGAAUUUGGCGACUUUGAGAAGUUCAAGGCCGCUUUCACGGCCAAGGCGCUUGGCAUCCAGGGCUCUGGCUGGUGCUGGCUCGGCCUGUCGAAGACCGGCAGCCUGGACCUUGUGGUCGCCAAGGACCAGGACACGCUUACGACCCAUCACCCUAUCAUCGGCUGGGACGGCUGGGAGCACGCCUGGUACCUGCAGUACAAGAACGACAAGGCUUCGUACCUGAAGCAGUGGUGGAACGUUGUGAACUGGAGCGAGGCUGAGUCGCGCUACUCGGAGGGCCUGAAGGCUUCGCUGUAG